GAAGUAUUGAAUACAUUGGAAUGGAUAACUGUGUUUUAUUCACAAUCAAGGAUGUGAGUGAUAUACGGUGUAAAGGAUAACGGAUAACACUGAUCAAAUGAUAUAUUGAUUACAUGUUCAAGGAUUAAUGUCUUGUAAAAUUGAUAAAGGGAUAUGCCGUCCACACUGAAAAUUAGUGCAUUGUAAAGAAUUAUAAUGUGUUGAUUAGUGCAUUGUGAAGGGUAACGUGGAUCUGAUAUAUACAGUUGAAAUGGUAACUGAUUGUUCGCGUAAGGGAUAUCCGUGUUUUACUCCGUUCUUUGAAAACGAGGAUGAUAUACCGAUCACACUCAGCCAGGAUAUAACAUUGAUAUACUGAGGAUAUAAUACAGAUAUAACAGUGGUAUUCUUACAACAGUGUUACGUUAUAACAGUGAUAUACAGAAAGCAUAGUAAGGAUAUAAGAUUGAUAUACUGAGUGUCAAACCUGGAUAUAACAUUGAUAUACUGAGUGUACAGUACGGAUAUAACAGUGAUCUAGCAAGGAUAUCCGGAUAUAACAGAGACUGAUUAUGGAGAAACACGUGAAGAGCUACUCUCAGAUUUAUGCCGGAAACUGGAGCCAUGGUCCUCAUGUCGUCUCCCGGAGGACCCGUGUCCCACCCCUGGUGAACCUCACCCCCAGGCUAAGGUCCCUACAGCACGUGGAGACAGUGGGGUAUCCCCUAUACGUCAUAUGGGACGAGAGUCCAGUCUCGUCAGAUCAAGGCGAUGACCCUCCCGACAACGUGACAGACGAGGGAGGAGGGAAAGACGUCUCCCCCGACCCUUCCAGCAAGAGACAAGCGUACCGCUACAACGCUCCACACCGUUGGAAGCGCGCCCUGGCUCCCCCCGACUCACCGAAGAUGAAAAGAGUCCUCAACCGCCUUUCCUGGUCAGGGGAGAACACGUCCCCUCCGGGGCAAGACGUUUCCAGAACGUCACCAGUCUUCUGUGACUCGAGGGAUGUGGCCAACACAUUGCCCAAGAGAAGACCUUGCUCAGCGUCUUCAGUGCCAGUAUACGAACCUCCGGUGCUUGAGAAGGGACGUAAUGGUGUCGAGAAUGGGGGUGUUGGGUAUGACUCCCCCAGGAUGGAUAUGAAUGGUGCUGGGGGAAGCAUGAAUGCAUCGUGUAACGCGCCUGGGAGACCAUCCUGCCUGUACAAACAACCAAGAUCUGUGCCUUCUGACUUCGGCUCUCAAACAAGACGCCACGACUCUUUCGAAGGUGCUCAAAGAGACAUAGCCGAUGACAGCAAACACCUUCGGCGAAGCCACAGCGACAACACGACGGAGGCAUCGCGUUAUAGGAAGUUUGAUAUCGUGGGAGAGAGCUUUGAUGCAAGGUACCCCUGGCAAAGGGAUGUGUCGGUCCAGUGUGAUAUGAAUUAUUGGAAACAAUACCAAAAAACCGCCCCGCCAAACAGUGAAUUCCAUUCACCUGGACUUAUUGACAAAGACAAUUCUCUGGGAUCUUCUAUGACGAAUGUGUGUUUGAGGAGAAGGGAUAAUUUUGCCAACAGAGGGAAGCCAAGGCCUAAUUCAAUAGGGCCCAUUGAGAACAGCAAGUUUCAGAACGAAUUGGCUCGAUUCAGGGAUGGUUACACACGACGAGGGAGAAAGUCGGAGCCUUGUCUUGGUCUGUUUCAGUCCCCGCCGCCCAACCGAACACGCCUUCCACUGGUGCUCUCUGAUGACACAGGGUCAGUGUCCGACCUUGAGUCUAUCAUGGAGAACCCUGAUGAUGCUGGACACACGGACCUCUCCAGACAUACGAGCUUCACAUCAUAUGAUGAAGAUGACGGAGAUUCACGGUACAACGGCUCGGAAUUAGCCGCAGUGACGGAAAGUUCCGAUGAUGACCGAUUGGAUAUAUUGCCUUCACCUUCAAUCUCCCCACAGAUGUGGCGCAGCGUCGAGGACUAUGGAAACCAGUCCGACUCCGAAUCUUCUUCAGAAAACCGGAACGACAGAUAUAAACGUGCAGACAUCGCCUUUGUGCCUAUACCGAACACGAGACUACGUCGACGGCAGCCCCAGAGGAGGUUAAGUUCAGGCAGCCUCACAGACGGCUCUGAGACAGAAAACGAACCCUCCCCACCUGUCGCCAGGCGAGGGCGGCGGUCCGCCAUCUUUGAAACGAAGAACUGUGGCGAUGUGUCCCCCACUACCCUAUCUCCCGAAGUGUCACCUAGCAACUCCUGUGAUGAAGGGGACGGAGCGAGUAACAUCGCCGAACGACUACGACGUCGUCGGAGCUCCGUGGACCUAGCGAUGAACAUCUACCCCGGAGAUCUACUUGUUCAGGAACACCAUAAGAAGCUUAUCAAGAGGAAUACUAUAGCAGACUUCUAUGCAGGCCGCAAUGGAACGACACAGCAACAGCAGCCGCCGACCACCAUAGCAGAGGCCCCUGGAGAUGCACGUGAUUCCAGGAAGGGGCGCCAACCAUUUUCAUUAUUAAAAUUGAUGAAAACCCGGAGUAAAGAAUCAUUGUCUCAACUCGGGGAGCUUCUCAGCAAGAUCAAACCGUCCGAAUUCAAAGACAACCACUUAGCGGCAUACAAAAACUUACACUGGUCCGACUUGAUCGCGAGUUCUGACAAGCAGCAGGAAUGCACCAGCUUGUCUGAGACUGAGCGGAAGCGGCGAGAGGCGGUGUGGGAACUCUUCAAGAGCGAGUGCGUCUUCCUCAUUGAUCAUCUCAUGGUACUAAAACAUUGUUUCAUGGAGCCACUGAAGAAGUUACAAGUGGAGGGGUUCCUGAUGUUCGCCGAGCCUCAAGACAUCUUCGGCAACCUUGACGAACUCUGCUAUGUGAGUUACACAUUCUGCAAAGAUUUCCUUUCCGCGCUGCUUAAGGAUAUGAGCUGCACGGAGUUCGGCCGUACAAAGGUCCUCAUCAAAGCGUUCCAAAGAUUUUCUGCUCACUCCAAAGACGGCGCCGUCUAUCACACAUAUUGUCUCAACUACACAAAUGCAUUAUCAUACCUGGAGAAACUACGGCAAAAUGCUGAGUUUGCUGAAUUUGAAAAGUGGGGUCAGCAAGACGCACGCUGCAACCGUCUCCAGCUCUCUGACCUUCUUGUAGCUCCCAUGCAGCACUGCACCAAACUUCCGCUUCUGCUCAAUAACAUCCGGAAGUACACGGCAGACGAACUCGAGAAGCAGCAGGUGACUGAAUCACUUGAGAAGAUGGAAAACUCAUUAAAACAGCUGGAGGACAAGAUGAAGUGGGUGAGGAACUAUGAACGUGUCCAGGAGAUUCAGCAGCUGGUGGUGUGGCCUGCUGUGACCGACCUUGACCCCAGGGUCUACAUACCAGAGUGCUUAAAGGCUACGCUGGGCAAGCAGCCGUGUGAGAAACUCCUCGCAUGUACGAAGAGGCAACUCAUGUAUGAAGGCCAGCUGGCUCUGAUCGAAACGACCAAGUCUGUAGAGGUGCAUAUAUUCGUUUUUGAUGACAUUUUGCUGAUAACAAAGAUGAAGAAAACGCCAAGAAAGAAACAGUCAGUGAAUGAGGUCAACACCAAGACUCCAUCUAGCGGCCAAACAGACAGAUGCACAUACACAGUGUACAGACAACCAAUCGCCUUAGACAGAUUCAAUAUUCAUGACGUCACUUCCGUUGAUGCUGCUGCCUGCGGUUUGAAGAAUAUUUUCGUGCUGGUUCAGUUCAGCCGCUUCCAACAAAUCAUCGGUGUCUACACAUUACAAGCCUCCUGUGAAUCAUCUAAGUCUACGUGGUUAACUCAAAUCCGCGAAGCAAAGGAAAAGUAUGGCGAACGCGAGACGAGUCGCCAGAAUUCUUUCAAGGAAAACCAAGACCCAAGGGUUGAGACACAAGUCCGCUCUCCUCGACAGAUGAAGAGGAACACUGCCAUGAGACGGAUACACGGAAAGUCGAGGUCGAUGGACGCCAUGUUUUUGUGACAGUAAUGCGGAAGUGACGUUGAGAGAUACGUGUUUGACGUCAUGCUCACGUUUCGAUGACGUGUGUACACACGGAAGACAUGGAUGUGCAAGUCGGGGUUUGUUACUUGGAAGAGUUAUGAAGGACCAAACACAUGGACUGAGAGUUGUAUUUGUGGGUUGUCAAAAGGCGAGGGUUUAUACUUGGUUUACGGAUUCAACGCACCUUAACAAGAAAAACUCACAAAUGGACUUGUAUUAAAGGAGAAGUAACUCGUUGGCUUACAGUUCUAAGGAACGGGGGAACAAGCUCCUUGAAUUCUAAACUUAAAGCAUAAUUUAAGCAUAACCUGUCGACUUAGCAUAUGUCUUCGAUAUUUAGAAAGCCAAAUCCGUGAACCAAGUAUCUAAAAUCAUACGAUCACAGAGAGACCAUGUAGAUUUUCAGUUAAUAUUUUAAUUUACAAAAUUAUGGACACGUGUACUAAGUUCAGUUAAGCAUAAUUGGAUUAUGCUAUCAGUGCUAUAUAUGAUUAAGACUUAAACGCAACUCAGUUACGUACAUACACGUGUCUGUGUACUUUAAGUGUCCAAGAGGACCAUCACGCGUGCAUUCAUAACCGUUACCUACAAAAAGAAGUUUAAUCUAUUGCACCUUGUUCAGAAAUGAAACAUUCUGUAAUUUACCUUCACAAUCCAGUCAGAUAAAUCAGGUAAUUUAUGUUUUAGUGUCUCGAGGAUAAUAAUUCUGUGAUAUGCAAACGUGGUUAAAUUAUACGUAUUAUUGCAAUUCGGAUAACGCGCCUGGAACUACCAACAUUGGCAAUUGAUGUGUGAUAUUUGUAUUGAACAUAAUUCCAUUAUCUGAUCAGUUAAUAAUCGGUAAAUGUUGUUUGAAAUUACAACCACAAAAUAGGACGAUACUUUCUCAUGUCUCCUGUCUCAACGUUGCACUUUUAUUUCUCUUUAGAAAUGUUUGACUGUAUAUUCUUUAUACCCGACGUGCAAUCUAUCGUAUUUAGUCUCGUACGAGUUUUGUCCCUUGAACGCAAUUUACUUUACUCAGUUUUCUGUUUUGAAACGAAUGCCAGUUGAUCCUAAAUGAUCAUGUCAUGCUAUCAAGAUCCGAUUCGGGCAGGAUGAUGUUUAAACUGAAAACAUAUAAUGCUUAGACAAUGAUAACCAUUUUGAUAAUCAUCUUAUCAAUAAAUGCGUGGAUAUGAUAAAUCAAAGAUUAGGUAAACAAAAGCGUGUCACUUGUUUGAGUAAUUAUUUUCAGACAUUGUUUUUAUGGAACUUGGAUGAACCCUAGUCUCACCAACUGUCCUAGAUCGAGUCCACACAGAUACAGUGUAUUCAGGCUAUGGAUGCGCUAUGUGAUUACAGGGAUAUUGAUAACACUAGCAUGAAUAAUUCAACAUUGACAUUUCGAAAAACAAAAGUAGGUCAUUGAUAUUUGUACUGAAAAGUACAUUACAUAUACUUUCGUUUUCAAACAUGUUUUGAUUUUGUUUCUACAGUUGAUACUAGCUGUAUGGGGGGUUGAAUCUAUUUAAAUUAGCAAUAUAUUUUGUUAGUGUUCGUCUCCCAUGAAAUUUGUGCAUUUGCUCAAUGAGUCGUGAAUCUGGUUUAUAUUCAAGAGCAAAUUUCAUCUGCUCAGCUAUUUCUACAGUGAGGGUACGAAUAUUCAUUGCAAUCGGCAUUUAUCGAUCAAUUCCAUUUAUAUUUUAUUGACAUGUUUCUAUCAACCUAUGGUGCAUUGUAUACAGAUUUGUAUUACCGUAAUCAAGUUAAUCCUACUUACGUCAUGCUUCGUCUUGUCACUGUACGUUUAUUUCAUUGCCAACAUCUCGUAUAGAUUCGUUACAAAACAAUGUAAUACCACACAGGACAAUAUAGGCCUAAAGCCCUUCUAACUGAUCCCGUAGAUGGUUCCCUUCUCAUCAAUCAACGAGCAACAGUAGAUAACGGUUUAUAACAGUAAACAUUUAACACGUUAAUCCAAUCCAUAGUAAAACCCGAGCACCUGUCCUUUGGACGUAUACAGUCAAUGUGUAAUGAUUGAAUUUUUCACUUGGACAAUUUUCAAAACACUUUGAUAUCUCAGUAAUUUUAUAAUUAUUUCCGUUUUUAUUUAUAUCAUAUCAACUUCUAAACAAUUUGAUUCCGAAUUGAAAAAAAGGCCAAUGUCUUAUAUAUUUUUAUUUUGUGGCUUCAAAGCCUAGCAUAAAUAGUGUAUUGUGAUUGCUUAAGUCUUUUUGAACUGCUUAAGUCAAGCUGUCAAAUAAAUUAAUCGAUUUUUCAGUCUGUUUGUAAAUUUAACUAAUUUUAGGCAAUAUGUAAAUUGUCUAAGUGUAUGAAUGAACAGACACAGUGGUGUCCAAUAUGUAGAGAAUAAUUUUUAUCAUUUUCCUAGAGCUCUGGAGAAUCUUUGUUAUCCUUAUGUUGAUGGUACAGAUGUUGGUGUAUAGAACUAUUCGUUAGAUAUGCAACUGUUGAAGAAUCGGUUUAAAGAGAGCGACAUGAUAUGUUCAGGAACUGUUUAUUAUUUCGUUAUUGCAAUGUAUUCUUUACACCUGUCUCCUGUAUCUGUGAUUCUGGUUGCCAAGGCGAUGCAAAAACCAUUCCAUUGUUACAAGACCUUUUCCAAGACUUCUUUGUGCUCUGUUUUCAUUGGUUGAAAACUCUCAGGCUGCCAUAGCUAUCCUGGGUGACAGCUAGGCGCCUGUGUGUACAGAUUAUUUUGUAGUUGACAAAUGAAAACUGCACAAAGGUUUGUGGGAUCGGCUGUUAUUUGUGUUGGUGAAUGUUCACCAUGUUUUGUGAGUACUGCACGAUUAUGUUAACAGUGAAGUUAAUUUUGUACAUACUGUGUAAAAAUGUUAAGAUGUAAAAAUGUUAAGAUUUAAAUUAUAUAGUUGUGUACUGUUGAUAAUUUUGAAGAAAAAAUAAAUAAACCUGAUAUUUUGA